AUGGCGCCAUCCCCUAUCCGUGAUGAGGACGAUACCGAUGCCCUUCUUGAUGCCCUCGAGGAGGAAGACGCAAACCUAAGCUAUAACACCCAGCGGAUUGCACAGCUAAAGGCAGAGCUCUCCUCCGCUAAGGCCAGCCAAUCUAACCCUUCCUCCGGCGGCGUCACGACUCUCCUCAACAACUCCCCACUCCCCACGCUAUCGAAUGACCAGGCCGUCCUGGACUUCACCACCCAGCUCGCCCACUGCAUUAUUCAUUUCUUUCACCCGGAUUUUGCACGCUGUGGGGUUAUGGACAGGCAUCUCACCCUCCUCUCUGACGCACACUCGAGCACCGGCGCAGCACGUUUCGCACGUGUAGAUGUGCGCAACGUCCCGUUUAUAGUCGAGAAGCUCAAGAUCAGAGUAUUGCCGUGCGUUAUUGGGUUCAUUGAUGGGGAAGUUACAGAGAGAGUAGUCGGGUUUGAAGGCUUAGGCCCUGGCGGAUUGGAUGGGCUGGGGGACGACUUUGAAACGGGUGUGUUGGAGGAAAGGCUUGUACAAAAAAGAGUGUUGAGUGCUGUUAAAAUUGGUCGAAAUAGGCCGAACGAUGACGAUAGUUGCAGUGAUGAGAGAGGUCAAGAGGAGAGGACAAGAGGCGGUAGGAAAACGAUCAGAAGCAGCGCAAAAAAGACAAACGAUGAUGAUUCGGACUGGGAUUGA